AUGCCCACAACCGAAGACAGCGGGCGGACGCAGCGCUUCUCGCACAUAUUUGCGCGCCUGCAGGAGCUCCAGAACUAUGGCUGGGACCCGGAGAUUCAACCAUUUCAUUCUUCGUACGACAACUGGCAUUUCUUCGGCUACGAAAAGACUGCGCCCCGGCAGGAACGACCGCAAUCAAGGGGAAGGAGCGCCGUAACCUCCCCCACCCUGUCACAUUCACCCGAAUCUGCCGCCCGAAGCCGGCCGACUAUUACGCGCACCCACCGCAGCUCAGGCUCCGAUGCGAGCGUACAAACACAUCGCACAAACACCACAGUCAAGGGCGUUCCGAGAGAGGGUCGACCGGUAGUAUGCCGUGUCUCGCAGCAGACUCUGCGGUUGGAGCGCGAGUUUCAGCUCGCUAAACUUGUCGUCAAAGAAUCAGACCCAGAGUGCAGACACUUUGCUCGUCCCAUAGAAUUUGUCAGGCUGUCCACCAAGGCUGGUGAGGAACCACUCGUCGCCAGCAUAUUUGAAGCCCCUGGGCCCAACUAUCUUCACGACCUGGUCACCUUUGGCCCCAACUUUUGGAAGGUCACCAGCAAUGGACAGAGCGGUCAAUCAAACGCCGUACCGCCCAAGGGCGUACCUCUGCUUACCUUUCUCGACUUCGCCGUCGGAUCGGUCGAGUGUCUGGAAAUACUCCAUCACGGUCACGAAAUUGUCCAUGGCGAGAUUCGCGGUGACGCCUUUCAUUUCGCCGAGAACGGGACUGUCAAGAUGAUCAACUUCGGAUCCGGUGCAAGGUCGUUUGAGAAUGGACUGACCAGCACAGGUUGGAGUACUUUGUCAAAGGAGACUGGCAUCGAGUUGAAGCUGGCCUUUAUAUCUCCUGAACAAACUGGCCGUAUGCCCGCUGAGCCGGACACGCGAACCGACAUCUACAGUCUUGGUAUUCUCUUCUACACGAUGCUAUGUGGCCAGGCGCCUUUUGAAGGCGCCACGGCUCUUGAUGUCAUGCAGAAUGUCAUCAGCAAGCGGAUGCCCCCAAUCUCCUCCAGACGUUUAGACAUUCCAGAGGCCCUGUCAGAAAUCAUCCAGCGCAUGACCCAGCGUAACAUCGAGGAGAGAUACCAUUCCACUUCGGGCCUGAAGUUCGACCUUGUCCGCAUCCGGGAACUACUCUGCGAAGGCGAUGUCGAAGGACUGAAAGCCUUUCAUGUAGGCACAAAGGACAUCAGUUGCUUCUUCAACCUACCCCUCAAACUGAUCGGGCGUGAGAAAGAACGGAAGACUAUAGUGGAUGUCUUGGAACGAGUAGCAAGGCAUCGUCGAAGUAGCGUCAAGACUUUACAAAGUUUGAGUUCAAACUCUUCUUUUUCCGAUCAACGACGAGACUUGGGAUUUGAAGAUGUCGUUUCAGACAGCACCAGCUCAAGAGGUGGGUCUGACAGCAGACUUAACAGCAUUUCAGCAGAUGGCCCUGUUUUCAUGGAAGCAGCUCGGUCGAUACAACAGGGCUCCCAGGACAGUGUGGCACAGUCGGAAUCCUCCACAGCGGAAGGAAGUGCGGACAGCCGCCCUACACUGCAAUCUGCAAACCGAGGACGAUCCAACAAUAGUAUCGACAGCUCUGCGCUUCACUCUCGCUCUUUUCAGUCCAACGAUGGCCUGCGGACUCUAGCUAGCACACGGAAACUGAGGCGUAAGGCUCGGUGUGAGGCAAGUCACCACGUCAUAGCCAUCGCUGGUACCACAGGAUUGGGCAAAUCUCGUCUUGUGCAGAGUGUACAGAGCACAGCCCGAAGUACUGGCUACUUCGCCAUGGCCAAGUUUGACCCUGCCAAGAAAGCACCCUUCGAUCCUAUUCUGAGAUUGAUGUCUUCUUUCUUCCGACAGAUAUGUGGAGUCUGGACGGUGUUGCGAACAUAUCUGGAUCUGCCUGAAUGGCUCUUGAACACGAAUAGCCCAACCAAGUCUCCACAACAAAAGGAUUUAGAUACAGCCAAGGACAUGAAUCGACGGGCAUCGUCUCCUGUUGUUCACUGUGGAUCAGCCGGACAUACUGCCGAGGCUUGGCUACGAAGCGGAGGCGCUUCCAAGUCCUCUAGAUUCAUGAAUGUCUUCAUAGACGUUCUACGGCUCCUUGCGAUGCACAAGCUCUGCACAUGGAGCUUAGAGGAUGUUCAGUAUGCUGAUACAGAGAGCGCUGAGCUGAUCCAUCACAUCGUGCAAGCUAGGAUUCCAAUUGUCCUCAUGCUUACAUACAGUGACGAAGAGACCCUAGCCAGAGAACUGAUCCCCUUGCUACGUCAUGCCACCAAGGUACAGCUUCUACCGUUUGCAGAGGCGCAAACUGCGGACUACGUAGCCGAAACGCUGCAUCGGGACCAUCAAUAUAUCCUCCCUCUAGUAGCGGUUGUCCAAGAAAAGUCUCGGGGUAACCUGUUCUACAUACGCGAGAUACUGGACACUUGCUAUCGCAAACGGUGCGUGUACUAUGAAUGGCGGGAGAACAACUGGGUCUUCGACCUCGACAAGGUUUUCGCAGUGUUCGAGAGCCCAGAGUAUGGGUCCUCCGUUACGACUGACUUCAUUGCAAAGCGGUUGACGGAGUUGCCAUCAGCAAGCAGGAAGCUCCUAGCAUGGGCUUCUCUUCUAGGUGGCGCAUUCUCGUUCGAUCUCUUGAAAAAGCUACUCAGCCCAGCAAAUAAGCCUGCCGAUCAUGGGAGGUUGCCUCUUUUCGACGUAAACGAAUGUGCCGUCACAGCUCUCGAUACAGCGAUCAAAGCCUACGUACUCAUGCCCGCUGAACAGGACGCUCGAUUCAGAUUCAGCCACGAUCGAUACCUCACAGCAGUCGUCAAUUCUCUUGAUAACGAAUGGGAUACGCAGUUGAUGCACUUUACGAUUGCUAAGAUGAUAACUGCUGGCGAGGAGUACAAUGACGACUCCACCAUAGGCUCCAAGGCUUUGUACAUGCAGAGUCGUCACAUCUGUCUUGCUGCAGAACUGAUCAAGGCCAAGGAGACACAUCGAGCUCCGUUUCGAGAUAUGUUAUACCAAGCGGGAGAAACCGCAUGCGAAUCAGGCGCGAGAUCGACUGGCAUCUACUACUUCGCUCACAGCCUCAUGCUUUUACAAGACGACCCUUGGGACGAUAACCGACCGGAUGUCUCAUACCAGGAAACUUUGCAGCUCUUUGUACGGUCGGCAGAGUGCUACUGGCACCAGGGCAUGUUUGAUGAGGCCCUCAGUCUGAUCAGAACGACUUUCCAGCAUGCACGCGAUCCCUGCGAUAUGGCUAGUUCGUUCAUCCUACAGUCCAGAGUAUUUGCUAUUCGCGGUGAUAGUUUUGGUGCAUUCCAGGCUCUCAAAGAUUGCCUCUCAUUACUAGGAUCUCCUAUACCUCCGACAACAUGGGAGGCGUGUGAUGCCCAAUUUCAGCAGAUAUAUGGCACGCUCCAAAACAUGGAUCAAGAAGAACUGCUCAAGCGUAGGCCGUCUCCCGACGACCGCGUCCUGAUGACGAUUGGGCCUGUGUUUGUCGAGCUCCUUAGUGCGGCGUUCUGGUCAAACAGCCUCCUGUUCUAUCAAGCGACGCUAAAACUUAUCACCAUCCAUCUUGAAAGGGGUACCAUGGCACAGGUGGCCCUCGCAUAUGUGCACUUGGGAACUGUAGCAGGUGGUCGAUUCAACAUGAUGAAUUUUGCUGUGGACAUGGGUGCCAUUGCGAAGCGAAUCUUCCAGAUGUUCCCCGAAGACUACUACACCCUGGGCAGGGGCCAAACUCUUCAGCCAAUGUUCCUGGGUCACUUGGAAGCGCCCGUGGGUAACCUAAUCCAAAGCCUGGAAGGAGCGCUACAGGCGUCCCUCACCGCAGGUGAUCGCAUUCUCACGCUUCUGAACCUUGGCGUACAAGCCCACUUCAGGGUCAUGGCGGCACACGACGUCGCCGAGCUAGAAGCCUGGAUUGAGGAAACUCCACUGGACAUGCGAAACUGGCAAAAGGAUUUACGAGGAGGCGUUUUCCUCAUGGCUGCUCGACAGUAUGCUAGAGCACUUCAAGGGAAGACUGAUACAAGCAAUCCUUCAUUACUUUUCUCGGAUGAGGACCACAACGAGGCCGUGUACAUCGACUUCCUCGAAACAACGGCCAGUAAUCCGAAGCGGCCUAAAUCUAUAUACUUUGCUACCAAGCUUCCAUUAUUGGUACUCUAUGGUCAUAACAAGGAAGCAGUGACUCUUGGUGAGAUGCUGCUUCCAAUGCUGAGCAGCCUUUGGUCUGAAAGACUCAACUACUCGACCAGGUAUUACCUAUCGUUAGCAUACAUGGCUAUCCUUCGGGACGAGCCUGGCCAUAGCCGGAAAGAUGAGAUGAUUCGGCACGUACAGGAUACCUUGAAAUUGCUCGAAGCAUGCUGCACUGUAACCGAUGUCAACUAUCGGGGUUGGGUACAUCUUCUCACUGCCGUCCUCGCGGACAUCAACGCUGAUCCUCCUUCGGCAUUGCAAAACUACGAAGCAGCCAUGGACCACUGCGAACGUUACGAGUUUGUUCUGGACGAAGCUUUUGCCCUCGAGCUGUACACUGGAUGGUUAGUAGACAAGAAGGCUUACAGGGCGGCUCGACACUCGCUGAAAGAUUGCAUCUCGACAUACCGAAGGCUAUCAGCGUACGGAAAAGCAAAUCACUUCGCGAACAGGUAUGAGUGGCUAGUAAAUAGCGGCGCAUCACUCACUACGGUGGACCAAGCCGUACAGACCUCGAUUGUAGACACGGGUAAUACGGCCUUCAGGCUGGAGCAGAACGACCAUGACCAUUACCUGGGAGUGGAAACCGCGGUUGACCGAACACAGAAUUGGAUUGUGCCGGAAACGCGGCGCCAAGAGUCUGGUCCAGCACUACACAAUGGUCUUUCGGCUGUGGGCCUGGACAUGCUAGACCUAUCGUCGAUAUUAGAGUCGAGUCAAGUUCUUUCUAGUGAACUCGUUGUCGAUAAGCUGAUGGCGAAGAUGAGCUCAAUCCUCCUCGAAUCUACGGGCGGUACCUUGUGCGGCAUAGUGAUUGAAGACUCACAAAUCGAGUGGUCGAUUGCAUGUGUUGCUACCAACGAGCCUGACAACGAUAGUGGGUUCUCUUCUGGCGUCACAUCUUUCCCUGCAAGCCAACCUCUAGAUACCGUGGAUGAUGUUGUUGCACGACAGGUGACUCUGUACACACUUCGCUUCCGGGAAACUGUCUUCGUCCAGAACUUACUGGAAGAUGAUCGUUUCUCUAACGUUUCGGACGCUUACCUUCAACGCAACCCGGAAGGAAAGGCAGUCAUCUGUAUCCCGAUUCUCCACAGCGACCACCUGCUCGGCUCAAUCUACGUCGAAGGCCCGCCAAAUUCAUUCACUGAACGUAACACCCAAGUUCUGCGACUACUUGUGAACCAGAUCUCCAUCUCCCUUGCCAAUGCAUUGCUCUUCAAGGAGGUAGAAAGAGUCUCUGCAAGCAACGAAGCAAUGCUUGAAAUGCAGAAACGUGCUCUGUCGCAGGCGCGAGCAGCAGAAAUCAAGGCGAAAGAGGCCGAAGCCGUAGCUAUCCGCAAUAUGAAGCUGAAAGAAGAGGCUGCGAAGGCAAAGAGUCUUUUCUUGGCCAACGUCUCACACGAGCUGCGCACCCCUCUGAAUGGUGUGAUUGGCAUGUCGGAGCUGUUGAAGGCUUCACCACUCAACUCUGAACAAUCCGGAUACGCCGACUCGAUUCGCGUUUGUGCCGAUACACUGCUUUCGAUCAUCAACGACCUACUCGAUUAUUCUAAGCUCGAGGCCGGCAAGAUGAAUGUUUUGGAAAUGCCGAUAUCACUGUCUGAAACUAUUGCAGAGGUCGUACGCGCUCUUGCAUACACGAACGCCGAGCGGGGUCUCAAGACGAUUGAGCAGUUGAAUUUGGAUCCUGAGAUGCUUGUUAUGGGCGAUCCUGUCCGGCUGCAUCAGAUUCUCAUGAACCUGCUGUCCAACAGCUACAAGUUCACGCCACGAGGAUCAGUUACUGUCCGCGCCGUUGUCGACCAAGAGACGGACGACUGGGCAGAUGUGACAAUCAGCGUCAUAGACACCGGCAUUGGUAUUCCAGACGAGCAGAAGCAGAAAUUGUUCCUUCCUUUCUCACAAAUAGAGUCGAGCUCUGCGAGGAGUUACGGUGGCACUGGUCUUGGUCUCAGCAUCUGCAAAGCUCUCAUAGAGAACGUCAUGCAUGGUACAGUCCGCCUUGACAGUCAGCCAGGUCAGGGUACGACGGUCACCUUCUCAUUGCGGUUCAAGAAAGUACCGAAAGCGCAAGCAAACAGUCAACCACAAAGAUCGCGAGAGCCAGAUCCUAUGGCGAGAUUCUCAAGCCAGGGGAACAACGGUCAUGAGCAGUCAUCGGGUACUUGCAUUGAUCUUUCAACCAUACCUAGGCGAGACCUUCGGGUGUGCAUUGCGGAAGACAACUUGAUCAACCAGCGCAUUGCAAUCAGCUUCGUGCAAAAGCUCGGCUUCAAGUGCGAUGCCUACCUUGACGGCUUCAAGACGAUUGACGCUCUGGAGCGCGCCUCGGAGAACGGCCGGCCAUUCCACUUGGUGCUCAUGGAUGUCCAAAUGCCGCAUUGUGAUGGUUACGAAGCAACAAAACUAAUUCGCAAGCAUCCUAAUCCCGAGAUCCGGAACGUUCUCAUCAUUGCCAUGACUGCCUCCGCUAUCCAAGGAGAUCGGGAGAAAUGUCUGGAAUCUGGAAUGAACAAUUACCUCGCCAAGCCGGUGCGUGCGCAGACACUCAAGGCACUAUUAGAUUCCUACCUGAACAAGAACAACGAGGUGGAAGAAAUCCCCAAUCUAGCGAUCGAAGCGAAGAAGUUGGUCAAAGACGCGUUGAAGGAGGCGGAAGCGCUACCCGACGUCACGAGUGGAAAUGAUAAUCUCGAGAAACACGAACAGAAUGGAAGUGCUAUGAGAGAGGGGAUGAAGCUGGAACGGCCGUCGAGUGUUCGCAUGAGCACCACCCAACACAUAUUGCCUAACGGCAAGACGGAACCUGUACCGCCUUCCGAGUAA